CUUCCCGGAUUGCUUGGGUUGACAGUUGACAAAUACAUGUACUGCACAACUCUAUGCGUUUCCAGUCAACUUUGUCUCGGAUUAAAUAAUCUGAAGUGACCUUUUUAAGCGGAAAGCGGUCCCUCUCGUUACCCCAUGCACCUGCUUCCGCGCUGGCCUUUGUCACGUCACUCAGUCCGCCAGUCAGCAAAACUCCUGCAACUCUCCCAGUGAUGGCGGAGCUACGUGGGAGAUACGACAUUCCAGAAACAAGGGAGUGUUUCCAAGUUCAAAAAUAGUCUCCUUCCAAGAAUUUGAACAGUUUCAUUACCAGCUAAUGUUUACCGUUAACAGGAGCGUAGCCCCCAAGGCACACCUUCAUGACAUCAACCCAACAGACGAUAACCAAUCUGACUGUUGUUUUGGCGUUGUUUUUAGAGGGGGGAGGGGAGAGGAUAUGAGUAAUGGAUACAGCUCAGCAGGUUCGGAAAGUAAAGUGUAGUUGAUUUUCUGCCAAUCAAAGCGUACCAUUAUUUACUCCCAAAGACCAAUGAUGGCAUAACACGCGUACAUGCGUACGUGUACAUGUACAUGUAAUUCACGUGCAUAUACUUUCUUUCGGAGUGAUACUUACAGACAAACCUGCCACAAAUUUCAGCUAACUAAAGCCGUCAAACUUCAAAGUCUUCUCGGUCUUUUUCUGUUUUCAUAACACAUCAAAUUCAACUGAAAAAAAAAAACACAUCAAAUUCACUGUGAGGGGAGACCGUGUUGUGAUAUGCAGAGCAGGUACGUGUCAGUGGUUAUUUUCUAGGAAACCCGGAACUUCAGAAGGAUGAAGUUUCAAACUUUGAACUCAUGUAAAGUUCAUUGCAUAGCAUAGCCCUUGACCCUGAUAGUUCCAGGUACUAGCUGUGUAGAAACAGUAACAUACCGUAGAACGUCUAGACUGGCUUUACUGUAGCGCCUCACUUUGUGAAUAAACUCAAUAAGGCACUACAGGUCAUGUCGUUGUAAGGUAUGCCUCCUCUGUUUCUACUGAGUCAGCUAGUACCUGGAACUAGCAGGGUUCAAUGGCGUUACUAGGCAAUGAAGGUUACCCAAGUUCAAACCUCAUCCUCUCUGUUGAGGCUCGGUCUUUCCGAGAAAAACUACCACGAGUAUCCCCACAUGACUCUUCUUGUGCGAACUCAAAAAAUUAGUCCCACUUCCAGAUAGAUUUUUGCGGUGGGCGUUUUAUUUUUUUUUUCCUUCGAAUUUCGUCUCGUCGCACUGAUACUUAGUAUAUAGCAGUGAGGCAAUAUUGAGUCGAGGUCCAUUCUACGUUACAACUAUAUAUCCCCUGACUCCCCUCUGUAAGCGCCUAUCCAGUAAGGUGUGUGAGUGUAAGUUGCUGUAGUGGAGGACAACACCGCACGACUCGAACCCGGACAAAAAUUGAACGAAUUUUUCCACCCUCAUCACCAUGUGGUGUUCGCCCAUCGGAAGGACGCACGGCACAAGCCGGAGACAACACUUCCGCAUGGCGGGGGCGGGCGGCGGCCACGAGUCCUCGGGGCAACCUCCACCUGGGCCCGUCAUCUACUCCGUACACUCCGCCGCUCACAUUCCACAGGAGAUAGCGCGGGGCAUCGGAGUUCCCCUUCAGUACCUCGGCUUUAACCACCCCAUGCUAACGGCCAGUGAUGGGGUGCAGCACCCCUUCCCACCCCACAACCCCAGGCGCCCCGACCCUCGUUCCCAGAACACACAGACCCGACCUACCGUGACGUCACCUCCCGUGUCCAGAGUCAUCAUGCCUGCAUGGCAACAUAACAAACCCAUGCCGCUUGCCGGUAUCCACCCGUACCAGUGGACCAAGGCCGACGUGCUGACCUGGGUUCGCUGGGCGGUGGACGAGUUCUCUCUGACGGGCGUGGACGAGCAGAGGUUCGGUAUGAACGGGAAGGCGCUGAGUCUGCUCGGGAAGGAAGGGUUCACUGACCGCGUGCCGUUCGCCGGUGACGUCCUCUACAACCUGCUCCACAACCUGCUACAAGGUUACGAGCACUUAGCGAGAAACAAUAUUCCAAUCAGCCAGCCCUAUGCCGCUCCUGUGUGCUACCCCACCCCUCCCUCCACCAACCCGUCCCCACAGAUCACCGUGUCGUCCCCGGGGGCCACCGGCAUGACCAGGCCCUCGGACGCGGGGGACCCCGUCCUCGCCCAGCCUGUCGGUUUCCAGAAAUCGGAAACGGACAAGCCUGAGGUCACCGAACGCGUGACCCUAUCAUCAGGCAGUCAAACCGGUAGUUCAGAGAUAGUCCGGACGGCCUCAGCACAGCUCCAUAAACUCAAAGAACAACAGGAGAAUCUGCAGUCCUCUGCGCCGGAGUUACAAGUCCAGGAAGACCCCGUUGCCAUAUCAGGAAGCCCCACCAUGCCGGAGCUCACGAAGAUCGAGGACUGUCCCGCCAGCGUCAUUGCGACAGCGUCGCAAACAAAAACAACAGAAAGCGGCCCGGAGGCUGUCAUACAGCGGUCUGUGGUGGCACCCGUCGUGCCAAACUCGGCCCGAUGUGGAGAAGACCAGAACAAACCGACAAGCCAGGAGUCGGCUUCUGUCCAAGGUCACAAGAGAGAUCCGUUGUCAAGGCACCCGAAAAGACGAUGGAGUGUAGAUGCUGUCGCCAGAGAGACUGCCAAUUCCAUCAGCCACGAUCAGCGCGCUGCCAAGGUCAACAGAGUCGGACCGACUGUAGAGGGCGUUCUUCAAGUUCAAGGGCGGAUGAUGUCACCUCCGAGUUUGCCAGCGGAGAAGCCCCAGAGAGUUGGGGAGAAUAUCUUUAUCCCGUGCCCCGAGAUAGAAAGGGAGCUUGCCAAGCUGAGGGAGAGGGACGCACGCAGGAUGAAACUUUACGACAAAUCCAUCAACGAAGAAAGUCUGAGGGCUCAGAGAAGGUACUUGGCGUACGCUGAGCCUGGUCGGGUCAUUCGGCCGUUCGAUCAGGUGCAGUUUCAGGCUCACCUGCAAGGGGGUUCUUCUGUCCGGCCUCCCGCUCAGGUCGGGCCAGUGGUCGGGGAGGCAGCCGUCCUUCAACAACCGCAUUUGACGCAGGUACACGCGUUGCCCGCACAACAGGUGGUAAGCCCCUCAAAGAAUGGGGAAAAGCAACAUGAGUCAACAGUCGAUCUUCAAGAGAAGGAAAGGGCAGAUGCACAGUCAAUGCAAACGCAGGAAACGGCCAGUGUCGAUGGUCUGAAGUCUCAAAAGACGACCGUUGCGUCCGACAAAGCAUCGGAACCAAGCCAUACACAACUUCGGGAUGGAAACAUGCCCCCAGCCGUCCCACCUGGCCACACUGCCCUGGCCGGACCACAGCUCAUCCGUGGAGAUGCCAGGCUGCCAUUCUUGAGCACCAUUGAACAGCUCCGGGCACGGCCGCCGCCUUUCCUCCCCUACAUGCGCUUCCCUAUCCCCGCACAAAUCCUGGGACCGGACGGCAAACCUCUACAAGAGAUGGUCGCCAGGCACCGCCUUCCAGUUCCAGUUUUCCCUCAGUACUCCCGGCAGGAGAGGGACCGAGGCCCCGAACAAGUGCCUACAAGCGGGGAACGCCAGGUGUAUCUGCCACCAGCGUCCGUUGAUCAGCCUCCCAGACUUGUCUUCCCGCCCAACUCUGCAAGUGACCAAAACCUCCGGACGCUUCCCGUUCCGCCCAUCUACAGACUUACCGUCCCGACAGCGCCCCCUAGCGUCUCGUCACAAGGACAGCAGGUGCAGGACCUCGGAGGCAGGCCGCAGGACAGACCGGUCAGUAGUCGGCCAGAGGACCCGCCCAGCGCCCCGCCCCAGGAACACACCCCCGGGAUGACAGAGGUACGGGUCAAGGUCGAGAAGCCCGAGGGCCCGGAGGACCGUUAUGGGGUGAACCCUGAGAGCAGACAAGGUCAUGAACAGGUCACAAACCAACAGAGCUUCCCAACUAUCAAGACAGAACCUAGAGAUGAGGAACCAGCAAACGUGACUGGGCAAGAUCAGGGUAAUGAAGCAGACACAGCCACUGCUAACACUGUGGAGCCAGUGGUCCAACAACCUGUCAACCAUGAAGACAAACCCAGUGAGAAAACAGCAGUUGCACAGCCACGAAUCCUGAGACAGAUCCUGACACGGGAUAGAAAGGAAUUCCGUAAGGAGUUCUGGGAAAGGGUCCACAACUCUAAAUCACCACCUAGAGCUCCCACAACUCUGCCCACCCCUACUAAUGACAUUAAGCCCUUCCAAGGUGUCAUCACACGCCAUGUGCCGAUCCUGCCGAUGCCCCACCCCGACCCCCGGGGCCCACCCCCACCCCCGGUGAAACGAGGGAGGGGAAGACCACGGAUCUACUGGCCAGGCUACAGGAAGAAACCCCCACCCCAGACCAACACACCACCAGGGGCACCCGUCAGAGGUACUAAAUGCCGUCUGCUGUGGGAGUUCUUGCUACGUCUCCUGGCAAAUGAGGAAAAGUACAAACACGCCAUCAAGUGGCUCGACAAACCCAGAAAGGUCUUCCGUAUUGUCAAUGCCAACGCCAUCGCAAGGCUGUGGGGGAAGCAGAAGAACCGAGACAACAUGACGUACGAGAAACUGUCCCGCGCCAUGAGGUACUACUACCGCAUGGACAUCCUGGUGAAGGAAGGGUCCCAGAGACUCACCUACAGGUUUCUGAAAGGGCUGGAAGACAUCCACGCUGAUCGCGCCAACCGCCGAAGGAAUCGCAGCGGGUCAACGAGCGGUGGCCCGGCGCCGCGUAACCCACCGCCUCUCACCAACGAGCCACACAACAGGAUGGGUGUUCUAGACGACGACUUGAACCGAGAGGCCAAACCCCAAAGCAGCAACUUCGGCAACACGCAGCAUGAAACGCAAAGGUUGUACGGGAGUAGUGUCGAAAACGUCUCUUCACGUGACUCUAUGCAAAUGAAGCCAGAAAGUGGAUCUGGCGAGCAAAUGCCCACACAGGGCGGAUCAUCGUCUGUAACCCCCGGAUACGGCCAAGCUCUGGACGCUAAAAUGUUUCAGAGAUCCCAUUCGAUACCGCAAGAGGUAGAAAAUGCUACAUCUGUGACAAAAGUGGAAAAAGACACGUUACAGAUCAAGAUACCAUACAGAUCGGAGGAUACACCAGCUUCCAAUGAACAAACUGUGAAGAACUUCAGGCCCAGCGUAGAUCCACAGUAUAUAGAACUGAAUAGGAUGCUUCAUCACCAGGCGAUGCCUUCAUCAGUUGUGUCCAGUAAAGGGUAUCACAGAACGACGGACAAUGUGCCACGGGCGUCCGUCACCACCGCCCCACCUAUUUUCAAGAAAAGGAGAUUUUCGGUGGAUGGUGCAACUCCUUACCCCACAGCAAGCCUGGACGUGUCCAAAAACACCAAAGAAGCCACAGAAACUGCAGGUUCUGCCGCCACAGAGCCGUACCCCCAGCAUCAGGCCAUGUCAGCUGAGGCACGUGUGCACGUACGUAUCAUGGAGGCUCCCUCCCCAAAGAGGACAAAAGUACAUCACAUUUUCUUCCCUCCCUCUGAGCAUCCGCCAGAAGAUAGAGGAACAGACAGUGAAAAGGACAAAGAUGACAGUGGUGAACAAGAAGAGCCUCUGGACAUGAGCGUCAAGAAGACAUGAUGUACAUGUACAUCACUACUGAAAACGCGACUUAUCACACAAGAAAAACACAUAAAAAUCACUAUUAAAGUAAUAGUCUUCCAUUGGUGGAUUACUGACAAAGAAACUGAUCAUUUGAUCUUCUAAAUGCAAGUUAAGUACUAUGUAUAGAGCACAUACUUGUAAGAUAUAGAGAUUUUUCUGUGACAAGCUAGUAGUUAAACAUAGACAGGGUGAUCUUUUUGUAAACAGACCCUUGCAAGCUUUGUUGCUGCUUUUCUUUUUUUUAGUAUUUUGUCAGCUUUGGUAUCACACAGUCUUGUGCUGUAAAAUUGCCACAGCUUUCUGCAAGAGUCUAUAACUUGAAAUUUGGCUUCUACUAAGCAUUGUUAGUGUUUUGUCAUCUUUGAAUCACAUAAACAGGUUGCAACAGAAGUAUCAGUGCUAUUCAAUGUAAUUAUGUACAGAGUAUUUUGGGAUGGAAGAGUAAAAAUUUCCUCCUUGCAUAUAUUUUGUAUUUUUACAGAAAUUGUAUGUUCAGAAAUCUAUUACCUUUAUACAUGUAUAUGAAAGAAUGAUAAUUAUGGAUGCCUUAUAUUGCUUUCACAAUUCCAGCUGCUCUGUUCAAGAAAGUGUUCAUGAAUAAUCAAGCUACGGUAUCAAUCCAAACACAGUUAUAAAUUAUAAGAGGGCCAACUAGUAACAGUAACGAAGGUAACAAUUAUUGGAAUAAACCCAUAUG